CCCUAAUGGCUAGCCUGUAUGCCAUGGUAUAAGACUGCAUCUGCAUCCAAUUACAAAGCCCUCCAUUUCCCUCUCAGGCCGAGUGAUAACGAAGAGAAACGAUGGUUUCGUUGAAGCUCCAGAAGCGGCUUGCGGCUAGCGUGCUCAAGUGCGGGAAAGGAAAGGUCUGGCUCGAUCCUAACGAGGUCAAUGAAAUCUCCAUGGCCAACUCCAGGCAGAACAUUAGAAAGCUAGUGAAGGAUGGUUUCAUCAUUCGGAAACCAACAAAGAUUCAUUCACGUUCUCGUGCUCGCAGAAUGAAGGAGGCCAAGAGAAAGGGUCGCCACUCUGGAUAUGGUAAGCGCAAGGGUACCAGGGAGGCUAGGCUGCCAACUAAGAUCCUCUGGAUGAGGAGAAUGCGUGUUCUAAGGCGCCUGCUGCGCAAAUACAGGGAAUCCAAAAAAAUUGACAAACACAUGUAUCAUGACAUGUACAUGAAGGUGAAGGGUAAUGUUUUCAAGAAUAAACGCGUACUGAUGGAAAGUAUCCAUAAAUCGAAGGCAGAAAAGGCAAGAGAGAAGACAUUGUCUGACCAGUUUGAGGCUAAGCGUGCAAAGAAUAAGGCAAGCAGGGAGAGAAAGAUUGCCAGAAGAGAGGAGCGUUUGGCACAGGGACCUGGAGAGAAGGCACCACAAGCACCUGCCCCUCAGCAGACUGAGGGAGCAAAGAAAUCCAAGAAGUGAUUGCAGACUGUGAUGAAUACUGGAGGUUGAUACCUGAGUUAUACUGAUAUCUGGUUUAGGAGUUUGUUUCCUAAAGAUAUCAUGUUUUUGUUUUAUGGGAAUGUUCAAUUUCUUUCAAGUGUAGAAUUCCAUGAGCAGUAGCUUAUUUGCUUGUAUGUUGAAUCAUGUUUUUUCUUGUUAAAUUAGUUGACUAAACAUUGUGGAACUUGCAAUUGGGGUAUGAGCUAUUUAAUUCAAGUUUAGAUUUCUUUUUCAGAACACCAAA